AUGAAGAGCGCGAUCAUCUUGACCAGCGUUGUUGCCUUUGCAACACAGGCAGCGUCUCAUGCGACAUUCCAAGACCUUUGGUCGACUUGCGCCAGGCUUCCCAAUAGUAAUAGCCCAGUCACAUCGGUAGCAAGUAACGACAUCCGUUGCAACGCCAACCACGGACCAGCAGCCUCAAAAUGCAGUGUCCCUGCCGGUGGCACUGUAACUGUAGAGAUGCAUCAGCAGAACGGCGAUCGAUCUUGCGCGAACGAGGCCAUUGGUGGUGCUCACUACGGCCCUGUGCUUGUCUAUAUGUCCAAAGUCGCAGAUGCAUCCACAGCUGAUGGCUCCACUCCGUUCUUCAAGGUCUUCCAGGAUACAUGGGCGAAGAACACUGCUGGCGGCGGCGGCUCAGACGAUUAUUGGGGUACGAAGGACCUGAACAAAAACUGCGGAAAGAUGGACGUGAAGAUCCCCACAGAUUUGGCCCCAGGAGACUAUCUGCUAAGAGCAGAAGCCAUUGCGUUGCAUGCUGCAUCUGGUGCUGGUGGCGCUCAAUUCUACAUUACCUGCUACCAAAUCACUGUGACUGGUGGUGGUUCUUCUUCGCCUGCUGGUGUAGCUUUUCCCGGAGCAUACAAAGCUACCGACCCUGGCAUCCAGAUCAACAUCUACCAGAACCUCGCAUCGUAUGUCGCCCCCGGUCCGGCAGUUAUCGCAGGUGGUACUGAAGCCGUUGCUGGAUCCGCUGGAUCCACUGUGACUGCUACUGGUGGAGCCCCGGUUGCCACAUCUACAGCAACCACGAUGAAGACAUCUGCAGUAGCCACAUCUGCUGCCGCUGUGCCAACGAGUGGAGGUGGUGCUGGAGCGUGCUCAGUUGCAAAGUACGGUCAGUGCGGCGGUAAUGGAUACAGUGGAUGCAAAACCUGUGCUUCAGGACUUACCUGCAAGGCUGGAGGUGACUAUUAUUCACAGUGCGUCUGA